GAUUGGCGGCUGAAAAAGCGACCGGAAGUCACCGCCUGUUUUUUUGUGCCAUCUCUACAAACUAACUGGGUAGUGUCGAAUAAUUCAAAUUUAAACCUACAGAGACUUUGUGGACCUCCGGGCUAAGUUGUUUCAUGUGGGCGAACAGUUAGCACCACAGAGGCGGAUUUGGAGCGUCAUCGGAAAAGCAAGCAACGCGGCUGGGCUACAUUGGAGGGGCCUGCUUUUAAAUAGCAGUUUGUUUGCUAUCCUGAAUGAUGGGGGUCUUCACCUUAAUGUGCGCCUUGCUGCUGUGGACCACCAUGGCCUACGGGAAGCCCACGACGAGGAAAGAGCGAGUCAUUCACGAAACAGAUCUGAACAAGAGAACACAGGAGGACAACAACAGCUUCCAGUAUGACCACGAAGCCUUCCUGGGCAAAGAGGAGGCCAGGACAUUCGACCAGCUCACCCCGGAGGAGAGCAAGGAAAGGCUCGGUAAAAUAGUAGAGCGGAUCGACAGCGACGCCAAUGGCCUCAUCACCACCGCAGAACUCAAAGCAUGGAUAAAACGUGUCCAGAAGCGUUACGUGUAUGAGAACGUGGCAAAGGUUUGGGCAGAUUAUGACCUCAACAAAGAUGAUAAGAUCUCCUGGGAAGAAUACAAGCAAGCCACUUACGGUUACUACCUCGCUAAUCCAGGCGAGUUUGAUGAUGCAACCGACCAGUUCAGCUUCAAGAAGAUGCUUCCACGUGACGAAAGGAGGUUCAACACAGCUGAUCUGAAUGGUGACUUGGCAGCCGACAGAGAAGAGUUCACAUCCUUCCUGCAUCCUGAGGAGUUUGACCACAUGAAGGACAUUGUAGUGCAGGAAACCCUGGAGGACAUUGACAAGAACAACGACGGACACGUGGAUGAGGACGAGUAUAUUGCCGACAUGUUGGCUCAAGAGGACGGCGGUCCAGAACCGGACUGGGUCAGAACCGAGAGGGAUCAGUUUUCUGACUUUAGAGACUUGAACAAAGAUGGUAAAAUGGACCGGGAUGAAAUCCGCCACUGGAUUAUGCCGCAAAACUAUGACCACGCCCAAGCUGAGGCUCGACAUCUGGUCUAUGAGUCUGACCAGGACAAGGACCAGAUGUUGACCAAAGAGGAGAUCCUGGAGAACUGGAACAUGUUUGUAGGAAGUCAGGCCACCAACUACGGAGAGGACCUCACUCGUAACCAUGAUGAGCUAUGAGCUCUCACUUCAACCUCUACUGUGUGUGUGUGUGAGAGAGAGAGGUUGAAUGACAGAAUCUCAGACUAUUGGUUGAAGGACCAUCAGCUGUUGAGUGGGUCCUAGCACUAACGAUAUACUGUAAGGUCUUGGCGUGUCAAUGAAUAGCUUUGUUUCUGACAUUCAGAAGCAGAAAGAAGACUUUUCUUUCUAGCAGACGGUGCCUUCACUUCUUGCCGCCGUGUCGGCUUUGCUGCCUCACAUCUGUUUUUACACUAACUUUUUGAUAACAACUUUAAUGUGAAGCUGCAAGCUCCAAGAACUGAUUUUAUUUAUUUUUAAGAUUCAGCAAAGUGUCUGGAAACAGUUAUUAAUGUGAUGUUCUUUGUUCGUACGGUAGUAUUUCUUUUUAGAUUAGCCUACUUCAUUUCAGUUCAAGUCUAUUUAUUUUUCUCUUGUGUCAAAAUAAAAAGAUAAUGCUGUGUUUUAACAUUGUUAUUGUUCCGCUUAACAAGGUAACUAGGAUCUUACAAACUGGUCUCAGUAUGAUAUGGUAAAUUAUGAGCGUGUGCCUCUUGGCAUACUACUUUUUGAACUCCUUUAAGAUCAAGAACAAAUGGAUGUCGUCGACAGCGCUCGGCACCAAUUGUCGUCUACAUGCUCAUUCCCAUGAAGAUGCAGAGCGGAGCUGACUGGCUCUUGCUGCUGGCUGUUGCGGUUCAGAACUGUGCGAUGUAACUGAGAAAGCGUCUCUGCCACCCAGCGUGUCCCCUCUGCCUGCUCAUGUGGAACAUAUGGAUAUAUGUGUGCCACUUAACAAGACAAGUCAAGCGGGACCAAUGCGAUAAAGCUCAUUAGGAACAAGGGGACAGGACGAUGCAUGUGUUGUUCUGCUGCAAUGUAGGAGGAAUGUGCCAACACACCAUGAGCAAUGUCUGCAAUGCUUGCUUUUUCUUUGGACUCCAUGGAAUUUAUAUGACGUUUUCCGGCGCUGAGUGUAAAUAAAUAUGAUUGAUUUACACAAACUCCGCCUCUCGCCUGAAGUCAGCUGGGAUAGACUCCAGCACACAUUAAUGAGGAUAAGCGGCAUAAAAAUAGUUGGAUGGAUUAU